UGGAGAUAGGAACCAGCAACCCUCCCGACCCCAUUUAGGGAAGAAGGGUGUAAAGAAAAUGGAUGGAUGGAUGGACAAAACAGCAAAACAAACAAUUUGUGCCAUAAGAUUUUUGUGUAUAGUAGUCCAUAUGUAAUCUAUUUAAGACAACAGAACGUUUUUUUUUUUCUGUAUUUUGUCAUGGAUACAUGUUAAUGCUCUCAGAAUAACAUCAAGGUCUUAAAGAAUGUGUGAGGGAUGAUUGAUGCUCAGACAGUAAACACUCAUGUUUGUGCAUUGUUUCAUCCAGCUUCGAAUUCCCUUCCUUCAGGGAAGCAACGCAGAAAAAAAUGAAGGCAGUAAAACAGGUUAGUCUGCAGGAGAAUAUAUAAAGCAGUAACUGUUGAAGGUUUAUUAUCCUCUGAACUUCCAUUUGGAGACAGUCUACCAGGAAGACGAAUAAAAACUAACAUGAAGCCGGGCUUGCUGUUGGUGCUGGUUUUGGCGGUACUGCUGCCCGACCUCUUUGAGAGUCGAACUGUCACCAAAUGUGAACUCAAGGAAAAACUUGAGGCCAAAAUCCACCUGCCUAGAAAGCUUAGGAGGCAUACGGAUGAAGUCCUGUCACUAAUUAUCUGUGAGAUCAGCAUGAAGUCUAGUCUGAGCACCAGCUUGGUCAAUGUAGAAGGUAUCCGCCCUACCAUGACCCCAGCCCUACCAGAAACCAAGGGAAGGGAACCAACAACCAAAGCCACGACAGUUGCUCCAACUGCUCGUGUUACUACUACCACCACUACUGAUGGACCCGAUUCCUCAAGGCAUGAAUCAGAGGAAUCACAGGAAUCACUGAAUGACAUGGAAAACAAGUUUGAUGAGGAAGAGAUGGAGAGAGAUGAUGAACGCAUCAGCAAGGAGAGCAGCUCAGAGGAGGGCGAAUCUUCACAUCUCAAGAUGAGGCUCUGGUCUCUGGGCUACUACGGUAUCUUCCAGCUGAGGGACAGCCUCUUCUGUGAUUCUGGGUACCGCUGGUCCAAAAAUCUGUGUGGGAAACCUUGCACUGAUUUCACUGACGAUGACAUAACCGAUGACAUUGACUGCUUCCUCAGCAAUAACUACCACUGGUACCUCAUCAGGGGUGUCUCCCAUCAGUGCUUCCAACAGAGGAAAACCUUCCUCAAAGAUUGUUCCUAAGGCUGUGUGAGAGCAUGUUUUCUGCCACCAUGUGUAACUCUACCAUCAGACAACUUGUGAUCUAAAGUACUACUUUCUUUUCCAUUGUUGAUCAGUGUAAUCGCUUUCUUUAAACCAUAAAGAUAAAAACAUUGGAGUAGUUUGAUUUUGGGUUUUCUGUGGUUAUUUGAUGAUGAUUCGUGUAAUACAUAAUCACUAAAGACAAUAAAGGUGAAAGUUUGGCUGUG